CAGUUGCAAACCGGCCAAAAAGCGAGGAAAAAGAGAGGGGAGAGAAGAGCCAGAGCACCACCACCCCUCUCUCUCUCUCCCUCUGUGUGGAUCUGAAGAGCUAUACAGAGGGGAGCGCCGCUCCCCACCAUAGGAGCACCGCCACCACUACCACAAUCUAGAAAUGGAAGAGCAUCGCCAGAAGAAAAAGAGGGUGUUCUCUCUACUGAAGAGAGACCACCAGCCGCCACCCAAGCGCCCUCGCAAGCCCCCUGCCCUCUCCUGGGCGGCACUCCUCCUCCUCUGGGUCACCCUCCUCCUCCUCUGCCCUCAAAUCCCCUCCAUCGCCUCACUUUUCAAAGUCUCAUUCCGGCCGGUUCUCAUCCUUCCCUGGCACUAUUUCCGCUCCCCUUCAUCCUCAUUGUCGUCGUCCGCUGCGGUUGCAAUCGGCCCUGCGACCUCCCCGAUCCAGAUCGACGGCCGCGUCCUCUUUCCCGACCACGUGCUCUUCCUCCUUCUCCGCCGCCGCACAUCCCGCUUGCCCAGAAACCUCACCUGCGUCUACCGGAAUCCGGAGACUCGCUUCACGCUCCCGCCCAUCUCCUCCGACUCGGACACGCGCCUCCGGUUCGUCCGCUGCCCCCUUCCUCCUCACAACCUCACCGACACCGAAAUUACUCUCGACAAUGAAGGUAAUCGCCAACCCGCUGUCUCUGUCCCCUCUCCUCGCCUUCCUCCUCUCCUCUCCUGGGACUCCGUCGUUUACGAGUCGCUCGUGGAUUCCGAUACGAUCGUCCUGUUCGUGAAGGGACUGAACCUGAGACCCGGCCGCGAAUCGGAUCCCCGGCGGCUGAGAUGUGUUUUCCGGCACAAGAGGUCGCAGGUUACCACUCGGGCCAUCUCGGCCGCCCAAGAGAUCGUGAGGUGUCCUCUGCCGUCCAUCUUCAAGUGGGGCCCGCUUAAGAAGGGCCCACCGCCGGGCCUCGUGGUCUCCGUAACUGCCGCUUACCAGACGAGCCGGACGAUCCCCUCGGCCGCCAACGUCCGCCAUUACCCGUACCUCGACAGGGGCCUCCUAACCAAGAAGAAGAAGCACACGCUGUGUUCGUGCACCAUGGUCUGGAACCAGGCCCACUUCCUCAAGGAGUGGAUCACCUACCACUCUCGGCUCGGCGUCGAGAAGUGGUUCAUCUACGACAACAACAGCGACGACCAUACGCCGGACGUCCUGGACGGACUGGCGCGGCCGCCGGCGUCGCUCGAGCUCUCCCGGCACGUCUGGCCGUGGAUCAAGACCCAGGAGGCCGGGUUCUCGCACUGCGCGCUAAUGGCCCGGGCAGAGUGCGAGUGGGUCGCGUUCAUGGACGUGGAUGAGUUCUUCUACUUCACCCCAAGUACGUUCGCGCACUCCAAGAAGAAGCCCGUCCUUCACGCGCUUUUGGCCAACGUGUCCACGGUGCUGCCCAGAGUGGCCGAGAUUCGGACGGACUGCUAUAGCUUCGGGCCGUCCGGGCUGCGGGCUAUGCCGCCGAGGGGGGUAAUGGCCGGCUAUACGUGCCGGCUGGGCGCCCCGGAACGGCACAAGUCGAUUGUGCGGCCGGAUUCGCUGGACCAUACGUUGAUCAAUGUGGUUCAUCACUUCCACUUGAACACGGGGUUCGAGUACGUGAACUUGCCGAGGAAUGUGGGGGUGAUCAAUCACUAUAAGUAUCAAGUGUGGGAGGUGUUCAAGACCAAGUUCUAUAGACGAGUGGCUACUUAUGUUGCUGAUUGGCAUGAGAACCAGAACCAGGGGUCUAAAGAUAGGGUCCCUGGCUUGGGUACUGAGGCCAUUGAACCUGUUGAUUGGCACCUCCAAUUUUGUGAAGUUAAUGAUACUGGCUUGAGGGAUUUCAUAUAUGGAACUUUUCUGCAUAAUGGGUUGUUCCCAUGGGAAAAGAUGUGAGAUAAUUUUUUUUUGGUUGUAUACUUGAGAAGCGUAGUUCCAAUGGGGAAAGACGGGGAUUUUUUUUGUUGUAUUUGGUGAUCUUUUUAGGUCCAUUAAUAUAGUUUUUUGUUCUUUUUAAAUUGGGGGUGAGGCUGAAGGUGAAGGAUUACGAACACAAUACAACUGAAAGCUCAAGCAACAAAAUAGAAAGGUCGGGACUUGAUGCAGGUCAUCAUUAUGGUUGUACAUUAUCAUUGAGCAAUUCAUUGUAAUUCUUUUGUUCCAUUGGUAGUUUUCUUGCUGUUAUGCUGUGGUUGAUUCAGGUGAGGUUCACUAACGUGAAUGAUUCGGCUUGUAACA